UGUGAAGCAAUGGCCUGGGGAAACGACACCACCGUGACUGAAUUCAUCCUUGCAGGAUUCACUGACCAUCCAGAGCUGCAGGUUGCCCUCUUCCUCAUAUUUCUGGUGAUCUAUGUUCUCACCUUGCUGGGGAAUAUGGGGAUGAUUGGCCUAAUCUGGAGGGACUCCCGAUUUCACACCCCCAUGUAUAUCUUGCUCAGCAACUUGUCACUUGUUGACCUUGGCUACUCCUCAUCCAUCGCCCCCAGGGUGCUGGUGAGCUUCUCAAGGAAGAGUAAGGCUAUUUCCUACGCUGGAUGUGCUGCACAGCUAUAUUUCUUUGGCUUUGCCACAGCUGAGUCUUUACUCCUUGCGGUGAUGGCCUAUGACCGUUAUGUGGCCAUCUGUAACCCAUUGCUCUAUAGGCUCAUCAUGUCCAAGAGGUCCUGCGUCUGGCUCUUGGCUAGCUCUUACAUGGCUGGGGCUGCAAAUGCAACCAUGUUUACCAGCUGCACCUUUCAGCUGUCCUUCUGUGGGCCCAAUGUAAUUGAUCAUUACUUUUGUGACGUCCUUCCGCUCAUGCGGCUCUCCUGCACCGACACUCACAACAAUGAAAUGUUGCUUUCUAUCUUUGCUGGUUUCAUACAACUGACUACCAUACUGAUCAUCCUCUUCUCUUAUCUGUAUAUUACUGCUGCCAUACUCAGGAUCCGCUCUUCCGAGGGGAGGCGCAAAGCCUUCUCUACCUGCGCCUCUCACCUGACAGCCGUGGCUAUAUUCUAUGGCACGACGGUCUUUAUCUACUUACGACCCAGUUCCACCUCCUCACGGGAGCAGGACCAGGUGAUCUCUGUGUUCUACACGGUGGUGAUCCCCAUGCUGAACCCCCUCAUCUACAGCCUGAGGAACAAGGAGGUGAAGGCUGCCCUGGGGAGAACGUUAGAGAGAAGAAAGUUCUCUCAGCCGCUUUGA